CAGAAGUUUGCUCAAGUAGGAUAACCUGCUCCGAUGUUAGUUGUUUUGGUUUUUGUGUAGUUUGUUUUUGCUGUUCGAUAAGUGGGGUUUUUACAACCGUGUUAUUUGUCGUUAAUUUUUUACUUUUGAAAAUUGUAAUCGAAAAUGUCGUCUAGUGCUUCGUCUGAUUCUUCCACGUUAACUGCGGAACAAGCAGAAGCGAAAGCUCCAAAUACGCCCAGUCUCAAACUUGAUUGGUAUCAAACUGAAACUCAAGUUGUUCUAAAUGUUUUGGCGAAAAACGUUGAUCAAGACAAGUUGAAAGUUAACUUUUCAGAUGCAGAAAUAGAUCUCAACAUCGCCUUAAAAGACGGGAGUGAACAUGAAAAAACAAUCUACCUAUUACAAGAUAUUGUACCUGAUCAGUGUAAGUACAAAGUCAUGCCUACUAAAAUAGAAAUGAGGCUUCCAAAGAAAAUUGGUGUACAUUGGUCUUCAUUGGAGAAGACCGAAAAACCAUUGACUAAAAAAACUGAACGCAACUGGGACAAAUUUGUUUCACAAUUAGAGGAUGACAAACAGGAAGGAGAAGCAGUAUUGAAUGCUCUGUUUCAAAAAAUAUAUAGUGAAGGUUCUGAUGAAGUCAAGAAAGCCAUGAACAAGUCUUUCUUGGAAUCUGGUGGUACAGAACUCAACACCAACUGGGAUGCUGUAUCAAAAGGAAGAGUUACCAUCAAACCUCCUGAGGGUAUGGAAUGGAGGACAUGGGAAAAAUGAAGGAUUCUUCUAAGAAUUAUUAUAUUUAAUUUAAGAUUGAAUGUAAUGGACAUUAACCAUUAAAUUGUAUAUGUAAAUUUGCUAAAUAUUCAGUUAUAUUGGAAUGUUAUAUAAGAAAUAUACAUGUGUAUAUCUCAUUUUGAAAGUAUUUGUGUUUAUAAUGAAAUGAGAUUUUAUAAAUAUUUCAAAUUAAUAUUAUUUAUUAAAUCUAAUAAUUGAUAUUAUUUCAAAGACUGCUUUUAUGGUUUGAAAUAAA